AUGCCGUCAAAACAUUUGCAGGGAGAGGAUGAAAUUCUGUUGACUCCCUGGAGGGAUUUUCCUGUCGAAGACACAGACCCAUUUGCCCCCCCGGAUGAAGAGAAGUGGGAUUUCGUCCUGGUAAGCGACAUCCACGAAGUGGGCAGCGAGAAGGAGAUCAAGAGGAAGAAGUUCCUGGACGAGCUGAGCAAGAAGGGGUUCACCAUCAAGAAAAUUGAGGAUAAGAAACUAUUUUAUGGAGUCCGUGCCCCAAAACAGAUCUUCCAGAAAUACCAGGGGCUCCUGAGGAAACCCAACAACAGGCUGCAAAACCCCAACGUCCAUCAAGACGUACCAGUGACCACCAGGAUACAGAUUGUGAACUUCAUCCUGCAGAAUACGACGACGCCCGACCUCGAGAAGCUGCAUGACCUGAUGAAGAAGAAGGUCUUUGAGGCGACGUUUCCCCUGCACGAGAAAGAAGAGGUAAGGGAAUUCCUAAAGGAGAAAUGGGCUCGCUGGAGAGGUAUAUUUUGCCAACAGCCGAUUGAGAAGAUCAGGUGCUAUUUUGGUGAGAAGGUGGCCCUGUACUUUGCCUGGCUGGGCUGGUACACCUACUUGCUGGGAAUCGCGGCAGUGGCUGGAACGGUGGUCUUCGUGGCUGGGAUUACUGUUUUCAGUUCCAGCCAGGUGAGCAAGGAGAUCUGUGAAGCCAGUAACACCAUCAUGUGCCCACUCUGCGACCAGAAGUGCUCAUUCUGGCUGCUCUCCGACACCUGCACCUACGCCAAGGUCACCCACAUGAUUGACAACGAGGGGACAGUUUUGUUUGCCAUGUUCAUGGCAAUCUGGGCCACUGUGUUCCUGGAGCUGUGGAAGAGGCAGAGAGCCACCGUGGUCACCAACUGGGACCUGUACAGGUGGGAUGAGGAAGAGGAGGAGCUGGCUAUGGAGCUGAUCAAUAAUUUGCAGCACGAACCCCAGCAGUACCAGCACUCCUACUUCCGCAGCACCGUCAUACUCCUCUUGGUUCUGUUGAUGAUUGCCGUGCUGAUCGGCAUCGCCCACGCACUCGUCAUUUACCGGGUGAUAGCAAUGGCUCUCUUCACCCAGAGCAACUUCGCGUUCCUCCGCGAGCAGGCCAACACGAUGGCGGUGAUGACGGGGGCCGUGCUGCACUACAUCACCAUUGUCGUCAUGACCAAGGUCAACAGGCGUGUGGCCCUCUACCUCUGUGACCUAGAGAAACCACGGACCUUCUCCCAGCGUGAGAACAACUUCACCGUGAAGAUCUUCACCUUCCAGUUCUUCACAAACUUCUCUUCGCUCAUCUACAUCGCCUUUUUCCUGGGAAGGAUCAACGGCCACCCGGGGAACUACGUGCGCAUUGCUGGCAAGUGGAGGCUGGAGGAGUGCCACCCCAGCGGCUGCAUCACCGACCUCUUCAUCCAGAUGGCCAUCAUUAUGCUGCUCAAGCAGACCAUCAGCAAUGUGAUGGAGUAUCUUGUCCCCUGGAUAGCCCACAAGCUACGCAAGAAGCAGCAGCGCCCCAAGAAGAGACGCUUGAUUUUAGGAGAGGAGGAAGAGGCCGAGGACCCCUGCAAAAGGCAGUGGCUGAGCAACUAUCAACUCAACGAGGUCAACAUCUUCAGCUUGUUUGAUGAGUUCUUGGAGAUGGUAAUCCAGUACAGCUUCACUACCAUUUUCGUCGCUGCCUUUCCCCUCGCCCCGCUGCUGGCGUUCUGCAACAACCUCUUCGAGAUCCGCCUGGAUGCCAUCAAGAUGAUGCGGCUCUGCCGGCGCAUGGUGCCCAGGAAGGCCAAUGACAUCGGAAUCUGGCUGCAUGUCCUGGAGGCCAUCGGCAUCCUGGCUGUCAUUGGGAAUGGACUGGUGAUCGCCAUCACGUCUGACUUCAUUCCCAUGCAGGUCUACAAGUACACGUACAGCCCCUGCAUGACGGAAAACAACACUGGCGUGGACUGCUCGACCGGCUACAUCAACCACAGCCUCUCCAUCUUCCGCGUUCAGGACUUCGAGCCGUACACAAACGUGCCUGAAAUGCAGCCGGACUUCGUCAGGGACGAGAUCAAGGAGUGCAGGUACCGGGAUUACCGGAAUGCCGACGACUACAGCUACACAGUCCAGUUCUGGCACAUCUUCGCAGCCCGGCUUGCCUUCCUCAUCCUCUUUGAGCACGUGGCUCUGUGUGUCAAACUGAUUGCAGCCUGGUACGUCCCUGAUGUCCCUCAGUUCGUUAAGAAUCAGCUUCUGGACAGAAAACACAGCAACCUUCAUGAAGAACUGAGGUGGGUGAUGCCCCAGAAGGUGCCAGGGGCUGCUGUGCUCAGAGAUGGCACAGCCUCCAGCAGGAGCAUGAUGGAGUACUCCACCGAGGUCCAGCCACUGCUCACUGAGGAGAAUGAGAAACACGGGCUUGAGCUCCCCCCCCAGCCUGGCAGUGCCGCGGGCGCGGGAGGAACCGCCGCGGCACCGCCCGCGGAGACGGGCCACGUGCACUGGCUGUGA